GUCAACUCUUAUUUAUUUAUAAAUGGACUUUGAAUUGCCCAAGAGGUAUGGACUCAACAAACCUACUUUUAAAGUCAUGGCUGGCUAACAUUUUGCUAAAUUCGACUCCUCACUCAAACCCCUCAAAAAUCUGAUCUCCUUCAUUGAUCUCUCUAAACCCAUUAAGGAACUCAAUUAUAUAGAACACAGAAAGGUUCGUCAGAUUAUGCAGCAUCUCAAAUUCCAAUCCCAGAGUCGCAGAUUCAUAAACCAUUAGGAUGAAUAGAUAGCUGUCAUCAGUCAGUAAUUAGAAAUGGAAUUGGAAAAUCUAGCAAAAGAAGAUUGUCCAACACCCCAAGUCGAUUUAGUCAAACUUAAAUUCCCAUCUCAAUUGCAAACCAAAUUUGUACAUGAAUCAGCAGCCACUCUUGAAACCCAUUACAAUCUGCACAGAAUCAAAGAAAAGAUUAAUCAUCGUAACAUCACCUUAACAGAAAGCGAUCUACUCAACAAAAUUACUUAAAUCAACUUCUAAACUGCCAGGAAUAGCGACACUAAAGAAUUUUAUCACAAUUUUAAUACUUCUCGUCCAAGAGGAAAAAAAGAACCUUAUCUAAGUCUUGAUGAAAAAUACCAGAUUCUUAAAGGAUAUUUGAAAGAGAGAGGAAUAGAGAUGGGCAGGAAGGAAUCUGUACCAAAUGAAGGGUAUUUGCAAUUCUACCAUGAAGCCACUAACAGAUUAAUCAAAUAAACUAAGGAACAGUAACUUUUGAAGUUUAGAAAGAGCAUAACACUCAAGACUGCUCCUGAUAAUUAGGAUCAUUCUCCUCAUAAAAAAAUGAGUAUCACCAAAAUCACAACAGUACCUACAACUGUAGGAACCACACCUGCCUUACAUGCUAUAACUCCAAGCAAUUUGACCAUGUUACAUUCAUCUCUGCUUAAAUUGAAUCCAGGAAACAAUUGUUCUCCACUUGCCUUAUCUCAUAGACAUCGAUCGGAAAAAGAGAAAUCUCCUGAAAAGCCCUACUCAGAAAAAUGGCAGGAUUUCUAGAAUAAGGCUGAGGCAUUGCAAAGCUAUUACCUUCAUGAAGGGAAGGAGUUCCUGCAAACCUUGGAUGAUUUAGAAAAUACAAUUGAAAAACCGUAUUUGAGACACUUUAAUUAAAUUAUUAAGGUGGAACAAGAGCAAGGGAACUUGGAAGAACAGUAAAAACAAAACAAAAUCAUGAGAAAGAGAAAAUAGAAUUUGCCCAAAAAAAUAAGAAUGCAAAAGAUCUUCAAAUCUGAAUUAUAGUGA